GUUCAUAUAUGUUCUUACAUUCCUCACCUACAUUAUAUAUAUAUAACCCCAAUCUCUCUGUUCAAUGAUCUUCAGAUUAUUUGCAAAAUUCCUAAUAGCUUAAACUAUUAAGAAGCAAAAAGGCAAGGAGACUCUGAUCUGCUAGAUCUUUCUCAGAUUCCAUUUUCAUAUUGAAUGCUUCAAUUUAGGGUAUAGCUCUGUAAUUUUUCAAGAUCUGCAGCUAUCAAUGGGAAACAUGCCUGGAAUCUGUUGGGGUUUUCAAUUAUUGAUUCUAUUUGUUCAUCAUUGUUAUGGAUUUUACUUGCCUGGGAGUUACAUGCAUACGUAUUCGACUAAAGAUGCUAUAUAUGCUAAAAUUAAUUCCUUGACUUCAAUCGAAACCGAGCUUCCGUUUAGUUAUUACAGUCUUCCUUACUGUAAACCGAUGGGUGGGAUUAAGAAAAGUGCCGAGAAUCUCGGUGAGCUUCUAAUGGGAGAUCAGAUCGAUAACUCACCUUAUCGGUUUCGAAUGAAUGUGAAUGAGUCUCUUUACCUAUGCACUACCAGUCCUUUGAACGAGCGCGAGGUUAAGCUUUUGAAACAAAGGACUCGAGAUUUGUAUCAAGUGAAUAUGAUUCUCGAUAAUUUGCCUGUUAUGAGGAUUACGAAACAAAAUGGGGUUAACAUUCAAUGGACGGGAUUCCCGAUUGGGUAUACUCCGCCAAAUAGUAAUGAUGAUUACAUUAUCAAUCACCUUAAGUUUAAAGUUUUGGUUCAUGAGUAUGAAGGGAGUGGUGUGCAGAUAAUCGGGACCGGGGAAGAAGGGAUGGGUGUGAUUUCCGAAGCUGAUAAGACGAAAGCUUCGGGUUUUGAGAUUGUUGGUUUCGAGGUUAUUCCGUGUAGUGUUAAAUAUGAUCCAGAAGUCAUGACUAAACUUCACAUGUAUGACAAUAUCUCCUCUGUGAACUGCCCAUUGGAGCUAGACAAAUCGCAGAUAAUACGGGAACAAGAGAGGAUCUCUUUUACUUAUGAGGUUGAAUUCGUGAAAAGUGAUAUCAGAUGGCCGUCUCGUUGGGAUGCUUAUUUGAAGAUGGAAGGUUCACGCGUCCACUGGUUCUCGAUUCUAAAUUCUCUAAUGGUGAUCACUUUCUUAGCCGGUAUUGUGUUUGUUAUUUUAUUGAGAACCGUAAGGAGGGAUUUGACAAGGUACGAGGAACUUGACAAAGAAGCUCAAGCACAAAUGAAUGAGGAGCUUUCCGGAUGGAAGCUUGUCGUGGGUGAUGUUUUCAGAGAACCUAAUCACUCGAAGCUUCUCUGCGUGAUGAUUGGUGAUGGAGUUCAGAUUAUGGGAAUGGCUUUAGUCACUAUAGUUUUUGCAGCUUUGGGUUUCAUGUCACCGGCUUCACGAGGAAUGCUACUCACCGGGAUGAUCAUUCUCUAUCUUUUCUUAGGUAUAGCUGCCGGAUAUGUCGCUGUUUGUCUUUGGAGAACUCUCAAAGGAACUGCAGAAGGAUGGAGGUCUCUUUCCUGGUCAGUUGCAUGCUUCUUCCCAGGAAUCGUCUUUGUUAUCCUUACAGCAUUGAAUUUCAUUCUAUGGGGCAGCAAAAGUACCGGUGCAAUCCCGAUUUCUCUCUACUUCAUACUCUUAUCUCUCUGGUUCUGCAUUUCGGUUCCGCUCACUCUCUUAGGAGGAUACUUCGGUACCCGAGCUGAACCUAUCCAAUACCCUGUACGAACCAACCAAAUCCCACGAGAAAUCCCUGCACGCAAAUAUCCAUCAUGGCUACUUGUUCUCGGUGCUGGUACCCUUCCAUUUGGAACCCUCUUCAUCGAACUCUUCUUCAUCCUUUCAAGCAUUUGGCUCGGCAGGUUUUACUAUGUCUUCGGUUUCUUGCUUAUCGUCCUUCUACUCCUCAUCAUCGUUUGUGCUGAAGUAUCUGUUGUCCUCACUUACAUGCAUCUUUGUGUCGAGGAUUGGCGAUGGUGGUGGAACGCAUUCUUCGCAUCCGGUUCCGUCUCGCUCUAUGUCUUCCUCUACUCCAUCAACUACCUUGUCUUCGACUUACAGAGCUUGAGUGGCCCGGUUUCAGCUGUUCUUUACCUCGGUUACUCAAUGAUCAUGGCGGUUGCGAUCAUGUUGGCUACUGGUACCAUUGGUUUCAUCACAUCAUUCUAUUUUGUUCAUUAUCUUUUCUCGUCCGUUAAGAUUGAUUAAUUGAUUUAAAAAAUUUCCCUUUGUUUGAUCUUUUUCAAAGACUUUUGGCAAUGUAUGGGAGGAUGAUACAUUGAUUCAUUGUUUUGAUUUUUUGUUGAAGUUUUAACUUCGUUA